CAGGGGGGCGGGGCGGCAGAGUUCGGCGGCUGGGCCUGGAGGACAGCUGCGGCGGAGGCGACAGCGAGCGGUGGGAGCGGCGCCGAGAGGCCGUACGGGGCGCGGGUACCAGGAAGGGGGAGCAUAGAGGUUGAUUCUUCAUCACACUGAAACCAUUAGGAAAAAUCCUUGUGGUUAACAGCAGAGGCUUCAGAGUGUAACCUGUACUCGAGCCUAGAAAUUAUUUUAAAUGGCGACUGAUACGUCUCAAGGUGAACUCGUCCAUCCUAAGGCACUCCCACUUAUAGUAGGAGCUCAGCUGAUCCACGCGGACAAGUUAGGUGAGAAGGUAGAAGAUAGCACCAUGCCGAUUCGUCGAGCUGUGAAUUCUACCCGAGAAACUCCACCCAAAAGCAAACUUGCUGAAGGGGAAGAAGAAAAGCCAGAACCAGAUGUAAGUUCAGAGGAAUCUAUCUCCACUGUAGAAGAACAAGAGAAUGAAACUCCACCUGCUACAUCUAGUGAAACAGAACAGCCCAAGGGAGAACCUGAGACUGAAGAGAAGGAAGAAAAUAAGUCUUCUGAAGAAACCAAAAAGGAGGAGAAAGAUCAGUCUAAGGAAAAGGAGAAGAAAGUGAAAAAAACAAUACCUUCCUGGGCUACUCUUUCUGCCAGCCAGCUAGCCAGGGCCCAGAAACAAACACCGAUGGCUUCCUCACCUCGUCCCAAGAUGGAUGCAAUUCUAACUGAGGCCAUUAAGGCAUGCUUCCAGAAGAGUGGUGCAUCAGUUGUUGCUAUUCGAAAAUACAUAAUCCAUAAAUAUCCUUCUUUGGAGUUGGAGAGACGGGAGAACAGAAGAAACAUGAUGGUAAAAGGAAAAGGUGCAUCUGGAAGUUUCGUUGUGGUCCAGAAAUCAAGAAAAACAUCUCAGAAAUCCAGAAACAGAAAGAAGAGGAGCUCUGCAGUGGAUCCAGAACCACAAGUGAAAUUGGAGGAUAUCCUCCCACUGGCCUUUACUCGCCUUUGUGAACCUAAGGAAGCUUCCUAUAGUCUUAUCAGGAAAUACGUGUCUCAGUAUUACCCCAAGCUUAGAGUGGACAUCAGGCCUCAGCUGUUGAAGAAUGCUCUGCAGAGAGCAGUAGAGAGAGGCCAGUUAGAACAAAUAACUGGCAAAGGUGCAUCGGGGACAUUCCAGCUGAAGAAAUCAGGGGAGAAACCCCUGCUUGGUGGAAGCCCAAUGGAAUAUGCAAUCUUGUCUGCCAUUGCUGCCAUGAAUGAGCCGAAGACAUGCUCCACCACUGCUCUGAAGAAGUAUGUCCUGGAGAAUCACCCAGGGACCAAUUCUAAUUAUCAAAUGCAUUUGCUGAAGAAAACUCUGCAGAAAUGUGAAAAGAAUGGGUGGAUGGAGCAGAUCUCUGGUAAAGGAUUCAGUGGCACCUUCCAGCUCUGUUUUCCAUAUUACCCAAGCCCAGGAGUUCUAUUUCCAAAGAAAGAGCCAGAUGACUCCAAAGAUGAGGAAGAAGAUGAAGAUGAAGAUGAGUCAUCAGAAGACUCUGAGGAUGAGGAGCCGCCACCUAAGAGGAGAUUGCAAAAGAAAACUCCAGCCAAGUCCCAAAGGAAAGUGGCACCCAUGAAGCAGAGAGGAUCCAAGCCUGCACCUAAAGUUCCAGCCGCUCAGCGGGGAAAAGCUAGGCCCCUGCCCAAGAAAUCCCCUCCUAAGGCCAAAACUCCUGCCAAGAAAGCCAGACCCUCACCCUCAGUCAUCAAGAAAUCGAGUGGUAGCUCCGUGAAGAAGCCUGCAGCCAGUGUGAGAAAGGAAGUGAAAUUACCUGGCAAGGGCAAAUCCAACAUGAAGAAGUCUUUCAAAACAAAAAAGUAAAUUUUAUAGCAAGAAAAGGUGUCAUGAUAAAAUUCAAAGUCUUAUUUUAUAAGGUCAGUGUGCAUUUGUUAGUUUUGAUGCUUACAAAAUUUCUUUUUUUUCCUCCCAUAUGAACAUUGUGGGGAGGGCGUAUAAUAAUCCUGUUUAGGCAUUUGUUAGCUUUAGGUGCUGUUUUUGGUGCCUACCCUUUCCUCCCCUCCCCCCCCAUCAUUUUGAUUUCUGCCAUAAUCUGGGACGCUUCUAAACUAUAUAAUCUAUACUUAACUUUUUUGUCCCACCUACCCCAACCUCUCUGUGUUUUUUAUGAUAAGCUUUGGUGCCUCCCUCUCCAUUUUUCCCUUUUCCUCGGUGUCUCCUGCUUUUACCUAAACACUUGUAAAGAUUUUUAUAUUUUUAGAAUGCAUCAAGAACAGGAUGCUGGUCAGGUGCUGGAAAUAAAAAAAGUCAUUGUAGCACUGACGGAACGGUAAAGCCUCCUGCCUGGAGACUUCAGUGAUAGCUAUAAUAAUUAAUCUUAUUUAUGAAGUUACUCCACUAAUCCUCUUUCUCCAACUCUGAACAGAGACAACUUAGCUUUGGAAAUAACCUUGAAACAGUGUGAUCACAUUUAUUUCUGAAAAUGGGCCACUUUUCACAUUGACAGCUCACUAGCCCAGAGCAUUGCAGUCCCUUCACAGCAAGCACAAGUUCUCUACACCACUUGGUUCUGACUGCAGGGGAAACACAGGACUAUAUUGAGUCCAAUUUCCAGUGUCAUCUCUGUUACCAAAAAAUCAAAACGUAUGAAGUCUUCUUGAGGAAAUGUUUAAAUAUAUUUUUUAAUAUUUGAAGCAUGAGUUGUCAUUUACUGUUUGCCUUUUUUAUGAGGAAAUGUUGGAGAGUUACAAAUGUAGAACCGUUAAGUGGAAAAACAUAGUUUGCUUAAAUAAAAUAGAUUUCAGAUUCAUCUAUGAAUUUUUCCCCUUUCUUUCAAUAGCACUUUUGAUACCAAGCAAUUGGCUUCCUUUUUGAGAUAUUUUAAAUAAAAAGAAAAAGAAAAGUAAAUGAAGCCCUACUACCUAACCCUUUUUUUUAUUUGCAUUUGUUUUAGUAUUGAGAAUUUGUACUAAAAUAGUACUAGCUUUCUACUUGAGAAAUAUCAAUUUCUGGCCCUCGUUUCUCUUCCCUGUGGCACUUAAUUGUCUUAAACUCUUUGGCAUACAUCAUCUGGGCCCCUGCGGGCUGCCAGAGGCAGAAGGUGUUUGUUUUAUAUUCAUUCCACUGCGUCGUCUGCUGGGCCCCAUCUUCAGUGUGAGUGUGGCUGGGAAACGGACUUGAGAAGACGGACCUGAGUGAGGCCGUCACCGUGUGUGAUCCCAUCAUGCGCUCAUUGGAGUUCGUGCUGCAUGUAAGGCAAUCUUUCCUGUUGUAAAUCUUCCUUUUUUUAUGUACAUAAUAUUUUGAAAAAUAUGAAUAAACAUGAAAUUUUAAAAGCUGC